AUGAUGCCCUUAAGAUUGAAAAAUGCGGGGGCAACCUAUCAAAGGCUGGUUGAUCGGGUCUUCGCCGAGCAAGAGGGUCGUAACAUGGAAGCCUAUGUUGACGAUUCUAUCGUCAAAAGAAAAAAAUAUGCAGACCAUAUCACAAACCUGGCCGAAACCUUCGUCACCCUUAGAAAACAUAAAACGAAGCUGAAUCCGAAGAAGUGUGUCUUCGGCGUGAAGUCAGGAAAAUUCCUCGGCUUCAUAGUCAGCAAAAAGUGGAUUAAUGUUGAUCCCGCCAAAGUUCAAGCAACUCUGGAUCUUCUUGAGCCAAAAACAAAAAGGGACGUUCAGCGUUUCACUGGAAAAAUGGCUGCCCUUUCCGGGUUCAUCCCUCGAGCCUCGAACAAGGGGUUGCCUUUCUUCAAAGUGCUAAAACUCCCAAAAUCAAAAAAGCUCAUCUGCGAAGACAAGAAAAAAGAGGCUUUUAAGCAACUCCGUAAGCACCUGGCUUACCUCCCAACACUGGCAAGACUAGUUGAAGGGGAAACCUUAUGCCGAGACACGCUACCCCCUACUCGAAAAAGUUGCAUACGCAGUAUUGGUGGCCGCUCGGAAGUUGAGACCCUACUUUUAUUCCCAUUAAAUAGUGGUCUUAACCGAUCAGCCGCUGGAAAAAGUCCUCGGCAAAGUGGAAAAAUCCAGAGACUAGAAAAGUGGGCUUUCGAGCUCACCAAGUUCAGUAUCAGCUACCAGCCGAGGCCAGCUAUCAAGACGCAAGCCUUAGCAGACUUCCUAGUCGAGUGUUCUUAUCAAGAGACAAUCGACGAGGAAGGGAAAAUAUGGACCGUUUUCACGGAUGGAUCCUCCACCGUGAAUGGCUCGAGGGCAAGGUUUUUCAUAACCUCUCCCGAAGGCAAAUCCUUUGAAUAUGCACUAAAAUUCUCAUUCAAGGCUUCAAACAACAAAGCUGAAUAUGAAUCAACAAUUGCUGAAUUAGAGUUGUGCAUAGCAUUAGAAGCCGAGCAUGUCUGUUUAAAGACAGACUCUCAACUUGUCGUAAAUCAGAUCCGAGGUAAGUAUGAGGCCAAAGAGCCCUCAAUGAUAGCUUACCUUGCCAAGAUCAAAACUGUCAUUACGAUGCUGAGAACUUUUGAAGUCGAGCUGAUCCUAAGGGGUCAGAACGCACAAGCCGACGCACUCUCCAAACUUGCAAGUUCAACUCUAACCGAGCUGAACCGGUCUGUAUAUGUGGAAGUGCGCCAAGAAAUAAGUGUGGACCAAGAACCAGAGGUUUGCUGUGUCGCACACGAGCCGAGAUGGAUGGACCCCAUCCUAGCUUACAAACUUCGGGGAGAAAUUCCCGAAGACAGGAACUUAGCCUCUGAGAUGAAGAAAAUCAGUUCAAGGUUCAUCGUCUUUAAAGAAGAACUUUUUAAAAAGUCCUUCUCAACCCCACUAUUGAAAUGCGUGGGUCCAAUAGAUACUGAUUACAUCCUUCGAGAAAUUCAUCUCGAUAUCUGUGAAAACCACAUAGGGAGAAGAGCUUUAGCCCAUAAAGCACUAAGGGCUGGGUACUACUGGCCCACCAUAAUCAUAGAUGCAAAGGAGGUGGUUAGAAAAUGUGAAGUUAAAAGUUUGCACAAGACAUCCAUCGGCCAUCGCGAGAUCUUCAGCCAAUCUUGA